AUGAGAGUAUCAACUCGAAAUGACUUUAGGGUAUUCGACGUUGGCGGUCAACGGUCCGAACGAAAGAAGUGGAUUCAUUGUUUUGAAGAUGUUAAUGCCAUUAUAUUCAUAGCAGCGAUAUCAGAAUAUGAUCAAGUGCUUUUUGAGGAUGAAACCACGAAUAGAAUGGUAGAAUCAAUGCGAUUGUUUGAAUCAAUCUGUAACAGUCGAUGGUUCAUCAACACUUCUAUGAUUCUUUUCCUCAACAAAAAGGACUUAUUUGCUGAGAAAAUCCAGCGAACGAAUAUAACUGUCGCCUUUCCCGACUAUAAAGGUGCACAAAAUUACGAUGAGGCAACCGCAUUUAUCGAGGAGAAAUUUGAAGCAUUGAAUGCGAAUCCUGAGAAAACCAUAUACAUGCACCAAACUUGCGCCACAGACACAAACCAAGUUCAGAUGAUUCUUGACUCUGUCAUCGAUAUGAUUAUCCAGGCAAAUCUCCAAGGUUGCGGAUUGUACUAA